AUGGCCUCAGCCACUUCCGUGACCAGCCUGGCAGAUGAGGUCAACUGCCCCAUCUGCCAAGGCACCCUAAGGGAGCCAGUCACCAUCGACUGUGGCCACAACUUCUGCCGGGGCUGCCUCACCCGCUACUGCGAGAUCCCAGGCCCAGACCCUGAGGAGUCCCCCACCUGUCCACUCUGCAAAGAGCCUUUCCAGCCCGGGAGCUUCCGGCCCAACUGGCAGCUGGCCAACGUGGUGGAGAACAUCGCGCGCCUCCAGCUGGCGUCCACGCUGGGCUCAGAAGAGAAGGACAUCUGCCGGGAGCACGGGGAGAAGAUCUACUUCUUCUGCGAGGACGACGAGACGCAGUUGUGUGUGGUGUGCCGCGAGGCUGGGGAGCACAGGGCCCACACCGUGCGCUUCCUGGAGGAUGCAGCAGGUCCCUACAGGGAACAAAUACAGAAGUGUCUCAAGUGCCUAAGAAAAGAAAGAGAGGAGAUCCAAGAAGUCCAGUCAAGAGAAAAUAAAAGGAUACAAGUCCUCCUGACUCAAGUGGCCACCAAGAGACAACAAGUGAUUUCUGAGUUUGCACAUCUGAGCCAGUUCCUGGAGGAACAGCAGAGCAUUCUCUUGGCACAAUUGGAGAGGCUGGAUGGGGACAUCUUGAAGCAACGGGAGGAGUUUGAUCUCCUGGUCGCCGGGGAGAUCUGCCGGUUUAGUGCUUUGAUAGAAGAACUGGAGGAGAAGAACAAGAGGCCAGCAAGUGCGCUCCUGACGGAUAUCAGAAGCACUCUAAUAAGAUGUGAAACCAGAAAGUGCCGGAAACCAGAGGCUGUGUCCCCUGAGCUGGGCCAGAGUAUUCGGGACUUCCCCCAGCAGGCCCUCCCACUACAGAGGGAGAUGAAGAUGUUUCUGGAAAGACUCUGCUUUGAGUUGGAUUAUGAACCAGCUCAUAUCUCUCUAGACCACCAGACUUCCCACCCCAAGCUCCUCUUGUCUGAGGACCACCGGCGGGCUCGGUUCUCCUACAAAUGGCAGAACUCACCAGACAGCUCCCAGCGUUUUGACCGGGCCACCUGUGUCCUGGCCCAUCGGGGCUUCACAGGGGGGAGACACACAUGGGUGGUGGAUGUAGACUUGGCCCACGGGGGCAGCUGCACCCUGGGUGUGGUGAGUGAGGACGUGCAGCGGAAGGGGGAGCUUCGGCUGCGGCCGGAGGAGGGGGUGUGGGCAGUGAGGCUGGCGUGGGGCUUUGUCUCGGCUCUGGGCUCCUUCCCCACACGGCUGGCCCUGGAGGAGCAUCCCCGGCAGGUGCGGGUGUCUCUCGACUACGAGGUUGGCUGGGUGACCUUUGCCAAUGCUGUCACUCAUGAGCCCAUUUACACGUUCACUGCCUCCUUCACUCGGAAGGUCUUUCCCUUCUUUGGGCUGUGGGGCCGAGGGUCCAGUUUCUCCCUGAGCUCCUGA